GCGCAUCGCAGAAGAGUAUUGCGAUGGGGUUCGGCUAAUUUUCGCCGAGGUGCACCCGAAGCACCGGAUUUUAUCGUUAAACGCAAGAUAUCCAAUUAAAACUAUGCGCGUUUAUCGUUUUCCUUGAGAUGCGUACUAGUGAUGGAAAUUCAAAUUCACCAAUAAUUCGGAUUUCGAAUUUCGGACUAAAAAACCGCUUUAUGAAUUUCAAUAUCCAAAUUUCGAGUAUUUUUUAUCGUGGAACUCUGUAUUCUAAUUAAGAUAUUAAUCUAUUAAAAAAUAUGCGUGGGUUAUAAAAACUUUAUCAUAAGCUGAACGGGAAAAAAAAAACUACAAAUUCAAUUUUUUGAAAUCCGAAGUUCGAAUUCAGAAUAAAAUCCGCAUCUCGGAUUUUGGAUUGCCAGGAUCCGGAUUCUUUCCAUUGCUAGUGCGCACCGGCUAAUCAUUACGCGGAACACCACGCUGGUGUAAAACGAUCGUUCUAUCACCGCUUACCACUAUCUCGGCGGAAUCCGGGUGGGGACCGACGAACAUGGAUGACGUGGAAAACGUUCGAUUUUCAGUCGUGUGGUGCACCAGGCAGAUAGCUCUGGACCGGAACGACCGGGAAUCGUACGUGAAGCUGACGGUCCGGGAGCUGAUAGUGUACGGCGUGUUCCUCGUGAUCUUCGUCGCCUCCUUUUCCGGUCUGCACUCGUAUGCGGCAUUCGUGGUCAACAGGGAGGUGUCUUCGUUGUUCAUCGACUCGAGCUUCACCACGUCCGCGGAGGACGCGGACGACGCCGACGACGUGACGAUCAAAUUCGACGGCAUCAUCACCAUGGAACACUUCUGGAAGUACUUUUACAACGUCCUGUGCGACAAACUGUACGAGACGCCCUUGGCCGGCAAUGAAAACGGCUCCGAAAUACUUCGCGAGAACAAAUUUCUGUUCAGGCCCAGAGCAAGACAGGUAAGAGUCGAAGAAGGUCAUUGCGAAAUCAGAAACCAAUUCAAAGGUUUGUUCCGUGAAUGCUAUGCGCCGUACGAAAUUCGAUAUGAAGACAAAUCGAGUUUUGGACCAAAAAAAGGAACCCAAUGGUCGUACUCAAAGGAUUCGGAAACUCAAGGCGUUUAUUACGAAGGCGAAAUCGCGUACUACGGAGCCGGAGGAUAUUAUUUCGAUUUCCCGAAGAACAAAGCCGACGCCAAAGCGUUCAUUCAAGAUCUCGAAUACAAUACGUGGUUGAACCGUGGUACCAGAGCAGUGUUUGUGGAUUUUGCUAUUUAUAAUUGCAACAUUAAUGUGCUUUGCGCUGUCAAGUUAGUGUUCGAGUUUCCAGCGUCGGGCGGUAUCGUACCAUCGUAUUCGUUUCGGACGGUCAAGUUGUACAGGUACGCGGUGGCCGACACGAUACUCUCGCUGGUCGGAAUGUGUACGGUCGUCAUGUUCAUCGUAUAUUUCACAUUGGAAGAAAUACUUGAAAUCUCGUACUUUCGACUGCGAUACUUUACCAAGUUCUGGAACGACGUCGAUUUCGGUAUCUUGCUCUUGGGAUGGUGCAAUUUCGGGUUGGCGUUAGUCAUCGCGCUGAAGGAACGACCAUCGUCGAAGCUCGAAGACACGAUGUCCGCGCCCGAGGAGGGCUACAAAGUCGUCGAAUACCUGGUGGCCAGACACGAGCUCCUUGGGCAGUUAACGGCUUACAUGUUUUUCUUGGUCUGCAUCAAAGUCAUCAAGUACACCGAUUUAAACAAAUCGAUGACCAUCAUAUACUUGAGCGUCGGACGGUGCUUCAAAAUCGUCGCGGGAUACCUGGUGAUAAUGGCUAUCGUCGUAACUGCGUUCGCCGUACUCGGAUAUUGCGCGUUCGGCGCACAGGUAAAAGGAUUCUCCACCGUAAACGAUUCUCUCUUGUCCGCGCUCAGAAUACUGAUGAGAGACUUCGACUUCCGGUCACUCGAACACGUGGACCAAUCGUUCACUACGUUUUUCUUUGUCUUGUUUACGUGCAUGGUGAUUUUCGUUCUCUUAACAAUGCUGGUAGCGAUAGUGUUUCACGCUUAUUUCGACGUGGACGUCGAAGAAUUGUUGGCCGAACGGAAGGUCUACGUUUUUGAUAAGAUAUCCGAGUUUGUAGACCACAUGCUGCUGAGAGUGGGUUUGAAGGAAUGGUCGACGAAACGCAAAAACGACCGGCUCAAGAGUGAACUCGACCAGCACAUCACGUACCAAGACAUUUACAAGAUACUGAAACGUUGUCGUUAUACAGACUCCCAAGUGGAAGAGAUCCUCAACAAGUACGGUAUCCGGCCGCAAAAUGCGGUGCACGAGGACGAGGCUAGGCAGAUGUUCCGAGACGUACUGCAAAAUCAACCGGGAACGAGUAAGAUGGACGAGGCAAAAAAUACCUCUAAUCCAUCGGAUGUCGAAUGGUUGGUCAAAAGAAUGAAUCAACUCCAAAGUUCAUUGGAUGAAGUUCAUCAGAAAAUCGACAUCGUCAUAGCUCGUCUUGACGCGAUCCGAGUUCAGUUGCCGCGUAAUUACGCUGAACAAGCGCAAGAGGAAACUUCCUAAUUAUAAAUAAUCAAGUUGUUCUUACCUGUCGACCUAAAUAAAAAUGAAUUACAGUCAGACCCGAUCUCUGGGGUCUAAUAUUUUGUUUUUGUAACUGAUAAACUAACAAAAG